CCGAUAACCUGAUUUAGUUAAAAACUCCAUUCACCGAUAUCAAAAUCACGACGGAGAAAAAAACCCUAAAAAAAAUGGAGGAAGAGACGAAGGAGAAGAUCAAGAGUACUGUGAGAGAGAUACUAAAGGAAUCAGAUAUGAAAGAGAUGACAGAGUUCAAAGUUCGUAAACUCGCUUCGGAGAAACUCGGUAUCGAUCUCUCUGAGACUUCUCACAAAGCUUAUGUACGAAGCGUUGUGAACUCGUUCCUUGAAGAAGAGAGAUUGAAAGGUCCUAAUGAAACAGAGGUGAAUGAGAAAGAAGAAGAAGUAGAAGAAGAAGGAGAUGGUGGAGGAGGUGGUAAAGGAGCAAGCAAAGAGUUGGAUGAUGACGGCGAUCUCAUCAUUUGCCGGCUAUCGGAUAAGAGAAGAGUGACGAUUCAGGAAUUUAAAGGAAAGACUUUGGUUUCCAUUAGAGAGUAUUACAAGAAAGAUGGCAAAGAACUUCCCACUUCUAAGGGAAUAAGCUUAACAGAUGAACAAUGGUCAACCUUCAAGAAGAACAUUCCAGCCAUCGAAAAAGCUGUCAAGAAAAUGGAAUCGCGUGUCUGAAGAACAUGUGGGGUACUCCUUCUUUAAACAUGUGUGUCUGCUUAAUUAGUGGGUUCCAGUGCUGAUUACUUAAUUUGUCUCAUGUUACUGCGUUUCUUUUGUUUCUUUUCCCGAAUUGGUCGUUAUGUGUUUCCCUCUCGAGGACCUAGCAAACAAGCUAUUAUAUCCUGAGUAGGAGUAAACAUUUCGGUUUGUGAUCUUAUCCCAACAAAACCAGAACCGGAGUAGAAACUAUUCUGA